AUGUCGGGCAGCAGCUGCACCUUCGAGGACCGGUGCGUGGCCGUGCUGUGCUGCCGCUUCUGCCGGCAGGUGCUGAGCUCGCGGGGGAUGAAGGCCGUGCUGCUGGCGGACACCGACACCGACCUCUACUCCACCGACAUCCCGCCCUCGGGUACCGUUGAUUUCAUCGGAAGCUGCUAUUUUACUGAAAUCUGCAAAUGCAAACUGAAGAACAUCGCAUGUUUGAAGUGUGGUAACAUUGUCGGUUAUCAUGUGAUUUCUCCCUGCAAACCUUGCCUGCUGUCCUGUAAUAACGGCCACUUCUGGAUGUUUCAUAGCCAAGCAGUCUUUGGCAUCAACAGACUAGACCCUUCUGGUGUGAAUGUAUUGCUCUGGGGCAACUUGCCAGAUUUGGAGGAAAGCACAGAUGAAGAUACAUCCUGCAUCUCUGAGGAGGAGUAUAUCAGAUAA